AAGUAUUCUCAUAAAUUUUAGUAUGGUAGAUAAUAUAUAGUUUAUUAUUUAAUAUAAUAUCUUAUUUGUAUCAAUAUUAUAUUUAUAUUAAUAUCUAGAAAUCUAAUUACUACUUAUUUAUUAUUUUAUAUGAAAAUUUGAUUAAAUAUUCAAAUAUUAAAUAUUUCUGAUAUUGCAUAGUUUAUCGUAUUGAUAUUUAAUGUGUAUAAUUUUUAUUAAUAAAAUAGUUGUAUCAAUUUAUCAAUUUUAUUCCUAAUAAUGCUUCAUAUAUAUAUUUAUAAAAAGGAUUGUUUAGGUACUUCAUUUAUAACGAGAUGUUAUAUAGUUUUGAUUAAUAUUGAAAGAAUUAGUUAAAAAACAGGGUUGAUAAAAAUAAGAAAGAAAUAAUAAAUAGGGAAUUAAGGAAUAAAAGUUAGGAAAGAAAAGAUAUUAGUAUAUAUUUGCAGUGAUUAAACAUAUGAAAAUAUGAGAAUAUCGCAGCAAUCGACGUUUAUGUGAAUAUUACGAAUAUUCCUGUAUAAUCCGUAUCAGAAAUUUUUUAUUAAAAAUACAUCUAUAUACUUAGAAUUAAUUAUUUUUGCAAUAAAAAAUAUACUAUUUAUUUUAUAAUAAUAUAUUUUAAAUAAACAAAACAAACAAUUUAAACUUUCUAAUUUGAAAAGUUUUAAUUCACUGUAUUUUAAUAUAUUAUAUUCAAUUCAAUAAUAUUUUAAAUUAUUUUCGAGAUAAUUCUUUGAAAUUUAAAAAAAUUUUUAAAAAUUUUAAAAAAUAAUUUUUUAUUUCUUAAACCAUUCAUGGACAUCUCAUUAGAUUACAAUCAUGAAUAAAAAUAUAUAUGUAUCACUAAAUUAAAUAACAUUUCAAAAUUUAUAUAUAAUUCUCUACAUCAAUUGGCAUUUUUAUUGUAUUCUUUAAAAAAAACAUUAACCACAGCCGUUAUGUUCUAGCAUUGAUUUUUGCAAAUUGAGAUAAGACGAUUACAAGCAUUUUAUCUCUGGAGCAAAAACUUAUGAUAUUCAAUUAAAAUAUAAGACAAACCGUUUUAUAAACAAAUUAAAUUUGAAUAUAUAAUAUGAAAACAUACAAUAUGAAUAAAUAGAACAUAGAAAUAUUUACUUAUUUAUUACAUAUUAUUAUGCUAUUAUGCUAUAUAUAUUAUACAUUAUAUAUUAUAUAUCAUGCUAUUCAUAAAAUUUUAUUCAAAUCGGAAACAGAUUGUUUAUAACAAUAAUUGUAACUUUUUAAUUUAAUUUUAUCAAAAAGUACAAAGUACAUUGUGAUAUAUUUUUUAUAUUUAUUGAAUAAUAAAAAUAAUAAUUAUUAUAUAUUAAUAAAUAUAUUAUCAAUUAAUAUGAUUACGUAAUCUAACAUAAAUAUAAUAAUAAAGAUAAAUACAUUAUACAAAUACAUAUACCACAACAAUAUUAUUAAAAAAUAAAAUUUAAAAAAAGAUAUUUAUUCUAUUUAUUUUUUAUUUUUUUCAUUAUUAUUUUCAAGUGAUAACUCACAUAAUUAAAAAUUUUUACUGUAAUUGAUUUGAACAUGGCAUAAUAACAAAGAGUUGAUAUGAUAACAGUGUUGGCAAUAUGACUUGAAAUUUGAAACCUAACGAGAUACGAUAGUGUUGGUUUAGCUAUGAUUACGUAACGUUAAAGAAUUUUUUAAGGUUUGUCGAUCUUGUCGAAGUCCAAUAUUCAGCUAUGUUCAGAGUAUACUUGUUGCACGCGGCGGGAUUGGUGAUCAACGGUUGGUUGAGGAGAGAAGAAAGGGGAUAGAGGAGAAUAACGAAGGAUUCUUCUUACGUUAACGUGGGACUUCGCGAGCUUUCCGCAAGCUAGUGAGCGCGUUUCGAUCAAUUAACAUAUGCUACUUCCUAGCGGGAAUUUUGUUUCACUGAUCGAAUAAAGCAAGAGACCGCCUUUCUAACCUAAAUUCUAAAUUCUGUCAUGGAUCCGUAAUGCGGGGUAGGGCAAGGAGGGCGAUAACCACGAAUCUCCUUCUCUUUUUGACAGCUAAAAAUACGGUUUUUGAAGGAGCGACUGCAGCAUCGAACAUUGACUAUUUCGGAUAUGAUACAGCGCGCACGCAUCCUGAUUCGUUUACAUAGAUUUGUCUUAUAAAAUGCGCGCUUUUCAUUUUUUAGUACAUCAUGUGUUUCUUAUACUUGUGAUUAAUUAUUUUUUAUUUGUUUAGUUAAAAUUAUAUUUCGAAUGAAGACUAAUUAUUAUGCAUUCACAAUUUUUUCAUUGUAUAUUUAAAUUAUAAUAUUUAAUUUAUGAACUACAAUAAUAUUGAAAAUAAUUUAUUAUAGAAAUAAGUUUUUUUCUUUCCUUAUAUAUUUCUUAUCAAUAAAAGUUGACAAAAUAUAUAAAUAUUCUUAUAUGCAAUUUUAAUUUUUUCAUUUUUAAAUUUCAAAUUAAAUGACAUUUCAAUAUAUGUAAGAAAAAUUAAUUAUACAUUUAUAGUUUUUGUAUAAAAUAAAAAAUUAAUAAAAAUAACGAUAAAAUAAUUUUUAUUUAAUAUGAUAAUUCUAAUAAUUUUCAAGUUAUAUUGAGAAAUUGAUCAAAGUUUUAAAAUUAAACUUUGUUAUAUUUAUCGUGUUAUAAAAAUAUAACAUAAUAGACUUCAAAAUAAAAUUAAUUGUUAUUUAAAUUUAAAUUAAUAACUAAUUAUUAUUGUAGGUAAUUAAUCUGUCAAUUUUAUCUAUUAUAUUGAUAUUUAUAAUACAUUUAAUAAUAUGCUGAUUGAAAUUUAAUUAUUUAUUUUUUUUAUAAAUAGAAAUAAUGAUAUUUUUAGAAUUUUCACUUAAGAGUUAUAAUACAAAAAGAGGUUGAAAAAUAUUUCUUAUACAGUUUUUAAAAUUAUUAUAAAAUUUAUAUAAAAGAAUUACAUUUUCAUUAUGAGAAAUAUAUGUUUAUAAUAUUUUUAUAAUAAUGAACAAUGAUAAAUUUUUUUCUGCAAUUAUAAAAAUUAUAAAUUAUAUUUAUUAUUUUUAUAUAAAAAAAUUAAAUAUUAAAUAAAGAAAAAAAUAAUUUUGUGAUUAUUUAUAACAUCAUUAAUAUUUUUUAUUAUAAAAAUUAUGAGAUAUAAUAAUAUAGAUAAUUAACUGUACUAUAUUUUGAAUUUAUGUUUGUAAUCUACAUAAUUUUAUGUUUACAAUGAUAACAUAUAUAUAAUAACUUAAGGAUAGUAAAAGAUAGUUAAAAUUGAAUUUUAUCAUUAUUAUCAUUCUGUGCAUAGAUAACUACUUAAUGUAAUAUUUUAUUAUCUCUUCUAAUGAUGAAUAGAUUAUAAUACAAAAAUAUGUUAUUUGAACAUAUUUUCAAUAUUACUUCAUUAUUUUAUAAUAAAUUAGUAAUUAAUAAUAAUAAUUUUAUUAUUACAUAAUAAACUGAAAUAUGAUAAAGGAUAUACGACAUGUCACACCAUUUUGUCACAGUUUGUGUAGUUUGUGUUUUAUGUGCUGCACAUACUCCAUGUUCAGCACAUACUGAAUUUUCAAGCUCAGGACAAACAACUCAUAAUUCUGAAAAAUUAUUACGACCUAAUGAACAAUUACAACCAUCUUGGUCAUUAAUGAAGUUCAAAGAAAUACAGCAAAAGGAUGUGAGAAAAUUAAAUUUAAAUAAUUUAGAUGAUUAUAAUAAUGGUGCUGUUAAAUUUUAUAAUGUAUUAGAUAAAAAUACCAGAAACAAAACUACUUUAUUGAUGUCAGUUGCCACAAAUGAAGUUCAUACUAAAAAGAAAAAUCUAGAAAAUGUAGAAAUUAACAUUGAAAAUAACCACAUGCCAAUAAUGAAACAAGAUUCUACAAAUUUGAAGGAUAUGGAAAUAUCAGAAAGACUAGGCCAAUUUGAAAUUACACACAAUAGUAAAUUGAAUAUAAUACAAUUUGACAAAAAUCAAAGUCCUUUUAAUAAAAUCAGGACAAAAAGAAAUGAUGUAGAUGUUUUAGAUGAAAAAUAUUUCAUGAAGAAAAUUUUUGAAACUUAUGGAGAUGGUACAAGUAUAACAAUGGAAGGUUUUGAAAAGUUAUUAAAAAAAUUAGGAUUAUUGAGAUUAUUAACUGAUAUAUCAACAUUAGAAAAUCAUAAUAUUGUUGCUAGUCACAAUGAAAAUCCACUGGAAAAGUCAAAGAAUUUGCAAAAUAAUGGUUUACCAGAAUAUGAAAAUGGAAUUAAAAAAGAACGGUGCUUAAGUAGUAAAGAAUUAUUAAGUACUGUUGCAAGAGAUAUGCCAUACAAUUUGAGUACUAAUAAUAAUUCAACAUUACCAAGUUGGCUUUUUGAACGUGUAUGUCCAGCUCUUGUUUAUCAAUUAGCUGGAGAAUCAAGCUCAGAGAGAAAUGGAUGUAUUCGUGUACCGGAGAAUUAUAGGCUAACAACAAUUAACAAAUAUCUUGGAGAAGAUAUAACUCGUAAUAUGGUUCAAGUGUGGGCCUAUUCAACAAUCAGUAUUCUAAUAAUCAGUCUUUGUGGUUUACUUGGUGUUGCUGUUAUACCUUUUAUGGGUAAAAUUUAUUAUCAUCAAUUAUUACAAUUUUUAGUUGCUCUUGCUGUAGGAACAUUAUGUGGUGAUGCUCUUAUUCAUCUUUUACCACAUGCAAUGAUGUCGCAUCAUAAUCAUGAAUAUAUUCAUAAUGAUCAUGUUGAGUUAGAUUUUAAAGAGCAACAUAAUAUGAAUUUUAAAGAGCAACAUAAUAUGAAUAUGUGGAAAGGAUUAGUUGCAAUGAUGGGACUUGCAUUAUUUUUUUUUACCGAGAAAGCUUUAACAAUGUUAGCAGAAUGGAGAAAACUUCGACAACGCCGUAAUAAACUUCCACCACGUGUUCGAGUAAUGAGAGAAACUGAUGGACCAAAUAGUAAUGUUGUUGGAGAGAAACUUUGCAAACAUAAAUAUUCAUCAUAUCCAUAUUGUUAUGGUGAAAUUAGCACAGAUAUUCAAGAUAAUCAUCAUAAUCGUCAACAUAAUAAUCAUGAAAGACCUCCUGUGAUAGAAGAAGAAAAACCAUUAACAUCAAAUUGUAAUUCAGUUUCAAAAAUUAUGACGAAUGAUAUAGAAAAAAAACCAAGUAAAGAUUGGAGGCUAGACGAUUCAAUAGUAAAUACUAAGAAAAAUACAGAUGGAGCAGAUAUACCAUUAAAUGAAUCAGAAAGUUAUACUGUUAUUAUACGUGAACACGAAACAAAACAUCAUGGUCAUACCCAUUCACAUGGUCAUGUUCAUUCUGCACCUGAAUCUAUGUCGAGUGUUGCUUGGAUGGUAGUAAUGGGUGAUGGUUUGCAUAAUUUUACUGAUGGUAUGGCUAUAGGUGCAGCUUUUUCAGCAAAUAUAGCGGGUGGUUUCUCCACAGCAAUAGCUGUAUUUUGUCACGAAUUACCUCAUGAAUUAGGAGAUUUUGCGGUUUUAUUAAAAGCCGGUAUGAGCGCUAAACAAGCUGUUUUCUAUAAUCUGUUAUCUUCUGUACUUUGUUUGUUUGGUAUGAUAUUUGGUGUACUAUUAGGAAGUACUCCUUCUGUAAGUAAUUGGAUGUUUGCAGCUGCUGCAGGAAUGUUUAUAUAUAUAGCUUUAGUAGACAUGAUUCCAGAAUUAUCUUCAAGUCACUCUGUAGAGCGUAGCUCUCAAUGGCAAUGUAUUUUACAAGCAUUAGGGCUAUCAUGUGGCCUUGGAAUAAUGUUAAUUAUAGCACUCUAUGAACACGAUCUUAAAAAUAUAUUCAGUGAUUAAAUUUAUAAA